AUGCUUAGUAAAAGCUUUCUGAGUUCCUACGCCGUGCUUUCGGCUUCUAUUACCCGUGCGGCAAGCCUAAACCCCCAAAGACCACUCUUGAAAGACUUCGACGCAUUGGGCGCCUGGUUCGACGAAGUGGCCUCCAUCAAUAACAGUGUCAGGGUUCAGGAUGUCGAACAAGCCAAGAAUGCGACCGUUGCUAUUGUUGGCGCCGGCAUUACUGGCUUGGCUACAGCUCUCAUGCUUGACAGUGUAGGCGUUCACAACUGGGAGCUUCUGGAGGCAGGCAGUCACGCCGGUGGGCGCCUGCGUACCCUCUACGUGGGCGGUACCCAAGAAUGGGCCGAAAUGGGACCCAUGCGCCUCCCAUAUACGGCAACGUACAAGGACAACGAAACCAUCGAGUAUUCUGACCACGCCAUGGUCUUCCAACUGGUGGAAUGGCUCAACGAGAUGAACCAGGCCGACAAAGCGGAACUGAAAGUGGACUUCAUACCAUGGAUUCAGCAUUCGCCCAACGAGCUGCUGGCCCUGAAUACUGGACGACAUCCCGACGGCAGCAUCCCUACGCGGGCGGAAAUAGCAGCAAACUCUAGUCUUGGCAAGCCUGCACCGCUGAGCACCCAGGAAUACAAAGAUGUGAAAGCGAGAAUGGACGAGAUCCUGAUGAAUGGAACCACGCUGAAGGACAUCCAACGCGAUGUGUGGAGGGUGCAUGCACGCGUGAUGGAGGAGGGCCUCGAUGAGAUCAGUCAGCAGAGCAUGAUGCGGAACAUCUGGAACGCCAGCAUCGAUGUGGCCGAUGCUAUUCACACGGCGACCGACUAUGAUGUGUUCUGGGAUGAGAUGGUCCACAACUCCAACCUCGCACAGGAUGGCGGGUCAAGUGCUCUCGCAGAGACGACUUGGAAGUGCAUCGAUGGUGGCUUCAGCCGGCUGUCCGAAGCCAUAAUUCCCCACGUCAAGAGCCGUUUGGUCUUGAACCGACAAGUCAGAAAAGUCGAGGGAGUUCGGGAUUUUGCCGGCAACACCACAGGCACGAGGCUCUCGUGGGUAGACGCAGAUGCGAACCGGACUGAAACAAAGCCGAUGGCAGGCCAGGUCAAAGACUACGAUUACACAUUAAUGACUGCCCCUUUCACCGCGACGCGCAUGAUGUCGUUGCCUUCGUUCUCUCCGACUCUGAAGCGCGCCAUGUCGGAGCGCGGCCUGCGGUUCAAGGACGCCUGCAAGGUCGCAUUGCUUUUCAGCGAGCGAUUCUGGGAGAAGGGCGACCGGCCCAUAUUCGGCGGCUAUUCCACUCCCCCGGACGCGGCCGUCGGCGCGCUCUACUAUCCCGUGUACGGGCUCAACGAGACCGGGCGGCCCGGGCUGAUAAUGCACUACCGGGGUGGCGACUGGUCUAGCCGUUUUGCCAGCUUGAGCGAUGCCGAGCACGUUGGCGUGGUGCUCGACGCGAUCGCCUCGCUCCAUGGCGAGGAGGUUCGCGACCUUUACACGGGUGACUACGAGCGCCUUUGCUGGUUGGAUGAGCCGCACAUUGCGACGAGCUGGGCGCGUCCGGACGUGGAGCAGCAUCGGCUCUACAUCCCUGCGUACCAUCAGACAGAGAACAACAUCAUCUUCAUGGGUGAACACACGGCCCCGACUCAUGCGUGGAUAAGCUCCUCGCUGCAUUCGGCCGUCAGGGGGUCCAUUCAAUUAUUGCUUGAACUUGGCCUGGUUGACGAGGCAAAAGAGCUCAAUCAACGCUGGAUGGGACGUUGGAUUAGGGCCUAG